GUGGUCCCUUUCCCUCCGCUUGGGUGUCGGGAUCCGCUACCGCCGCCGGCGCUAGUAAGCUUCUCAAAAUGUCCAGCAAAGAAUCUUGUGGGAAAAAAGAGAAGUCUUGGAGAAAAAGCAUUAUCUCAUCACCAAACUUUGUUGAAGAUAAGAAAGAGAAAAUAACCUCAAGUUCUCUUAGUUCACCUUGCUCUACAAGAUCUGUUUCAUCAGAGAAGAGAAAACUGAAACCAGAUCAUACAGAUAUUUUGUACAGUAAUAUAAAAAGAAGACAGGAACCAAAAAGACUGAAUAUAGAAACUGACACUCCAAGAAAGAGACCAAAAACCAGUUCUUCAUCACAAGGGUCCGUUAAACUGCAAGAAACAUAUUCAGAUGAUAAUCAUAUUAUUUCAGAGAGUCCUUCUUCAAAUGGAGUUGAAAAAAAUAUAAAUAAAUGUGUAGAUUUUAAACUUAGAGAUACUAAAUUGACAAAUGUUAAGAGUAAGCUUGACUGUGGAAUUAAAAACCUCAGCAGUCCUAAGAUUGCCAAAGAUGUGAAACCUAAAGCUGAAGGCCAGGCAAGUGAAAGAAAGUGUCCUCACUUACAUGCUAGGAAGGAGAUGAUGAAAGAACUCAAGAAAGAAAGAUAUAAUAAAUUGAGAGACGGUUCUGAAAAAUGUACUUUAGAGAAAUGCAAGAAGAUCCAGUUUUCUCAGGAUUGUAUUUCCAAUAAGAUAAUUAAAGAGCCCCUCGAAUCUAGAAGAAGGAAGAUCAGUUUCAAAAUCCCAGUAAAGUCCCGUGAUACCUUCCAGAAACUUGUAGAAGAAAAUGUCUUCACUUUAGAUUCCAACAAGUCAGAGACAAAGGAAGAGAAAAAAGAAUGCCGAGAUAACGCCCAUGUUUCAUUAAACUUGAGGAAGCACAGAAGUGAACAUUUAUUUUCAGGUUCCACAUAUAAUCCUACUGUUCAUGAAUGGGAAGGAAAAUACCAUUGUGAGCAUCGAGAAAGUAGUGGCUCAAGUUCUGGUGAAACCCUAACCCAGAAUAUUGAUGCACCAUGUUCUUCAGUGUCACUUGAAAAUGUUCAAGAUACAGAUCAAGAGAUGCAGAUAGUAGAAGAGCUUCAUGCUGCACGUGUGGGAAAAUGUGUGGAAUUGUCUGUGGUCCCUCCUGCUGGGGAGUUAAUGAGUAUGGAGAUUGACUUAGUAGAAGAUGAUGGACAUUCCUCUGCUGCAAAUACUGCUUCAGAGAAAAAGCUUCUCAUUGUCAUUGACACAAAUAUUCUAAUGAAUCAUCUCAAAUUUGUUAGAAUUCUGAAGACAACAGAAAUCCCAGGCUUCGACAGACUUGUGUUAAUAAUUCCCUGGGUUGUUGUGCAAGAGCUAGAUCGUAUGAAGGCAGGAAAAUUGCUUAAACAUGCCCAGCACAAAGCUGUUCCUGCAGUUCAUUUCAUCAAUGACAGCCUCAAAGAUCAAGAUAGAAAACUAUGGGGUCAGUCUAUGCAACUUGCAUCUCAAAAACUUUAUGGAUUAAGUGAUGAAAACAAUGAUGAUCGAGUAUUAAAAUGCUGUCUUCAAUACCAGGAAUUAUUCCCUUGUUCUGUUGUUAUACUGUGCACGGAUGAUAGAAAUUUAAGAAACAAAGGCCUUAUAAGUGGAGUGAAGUCACUCAGUAAAGAAGAAUUGAGUGCAGAACUAUUAAACUUAUCUCUGAACACAGAUGUAUGUCAUCAACCUUGUAUAUCUAAGCAACAAUUGAAAGCAGAAGCAGCAUCUUUGGAAGAAAGCUAUGAAGAAGAAUCAAAAAAUUCUGGACUACCCAUUUUACUUGAAAGCAUUAUAUCUGAUCUUGAAAAAUCUCUUGGAACAGCUUUAUCUUCAAUAUUAGAAACAGAAAUGAAAAUUGCUUUUGGAAACCUUUGGAUGGAGAUGCUGUACUUGAAACCACCAUGGACUCUAAUACAUUUAUUACAGUGCUUUAGAAAACAUUGGGUGGCUGUGUUUGGAUUAGUUAUGGAAAAGAACUUGCUUGUAACCAUUGAGAGCCUGUAUGAAAAUCUCUGUAAAGCUAACAGUGCAGUGGAUUUUACAACAGUGAAAUUCCUACUUCAAGAUUCUAAAAGUUUAUUACAUGCUUUCAGUACAAGGUCAAAUUAUGAUGGUAUUCUUCCUCAGGCCUUUGCUCAAGUAAGCAAACUACUUCAAACAUUUACAGAGGUCAAGGCAAAACUUCAGCAAAAUCCUUCAGAAAAUAUAGCUGGUAAAAAGCAAGAAGACACCAAUUCUGUGAAGUCUAAUAGCCAAGAAGUCACCAUUUUCUCAGCUUCUCCUCUCCCUCAACCCAACAGGCAUCAAGAAAUCUGGUCUAUACUAGAGAAUGUUUGGAAUACAAUAUAUCAGAACAGCACCGAUGUCUUUCAGAGACUGGGCUCAAAUUCAGCUCUUACUUUUUCAAAAAUAGCCUCGUUUGAAGAAGCAUUUAUAUAUCUUCAAAAACUAAUGGCCGCUGUAAAGGAUAUUCUUGAAGGAAUUCAGAGGAUUCUGGCCCCAAACAGUACAUACCAAGAUGUUGAGACCCUCUAUAACUUCCUCGUCAAGUAUGAGUUGAAUAAAAAUGUCAAAUUUACUGCCCAGGAACUCUAUGAUUGUGUUUCACAGGCUGAAUAUAGGGAGAAGUUAAUCAUCGGAUGUGGGCAGCUGGUGGAGAUGGAAUGCACCAUGCAGCAGUGCAAUGCAUCUGUGUACAUGGAGGCCAAAAACAGGGGCUGGUGUGAAGACAUGCUUGGCAAUAGUACUUAAAUGCUGACUUGUAACUUACAAGGAAUUGCACUUGUCUUCCAGAACAGAGCCAAACCCAAGAGCUGUUUAAGAAAUGUCUCAUUGGUACUAAAAGGUGAUUGCCUAUUACUGACAGGCUCUGAAAAGCCUGAUGCAUCUAAAAAUCCUAUGCUAAGCUGUGGACUUAACUCAUUUUGAGUUGAUGAUACCUCCCUACCUCUACUUCUGAUAUUGAGCCAGUAUGUCUAAGGCAAGAAGAAUCAGCUUUUUAGUCAUUUUAGGCCCGGAGUCACUGUAGCAUCUAAGGAAAGCCUAAGGCUAAGAAUUAGCAUUACUUUUCACUCUGAUACAGCAGUCACCAGAGAUACUUCCAAACCCAAGAGUUAGUAGGUCUCCAUGCUCACCAAAUUCUAUAAAUGAAAUCUUACCCAGGGCUGAUUUAUGAUCAAACUGUCUUCCCUGUAUAUGAACAUAGAACACCCCCUGUCCCUCACAGCAGUGAAGCUGAUCCUGAUUUCAACUCCAGCUUGUUACACAGCCACUUUGCUUCCUCCCCGGGGAUGUCCUCCUUCUUGCAUUUCUAAUGGGAAGAGCAGAGAGACCCUUACACUGAGUUUUUCCUUAAAUGUGAAGCAUUGUGGACUAAGUGGCAGUGACUGAUGUUUGCCCCCAGCUAAACCAAGUGUUCAGUUGACUCACUUUUUAGUUAUACAGUAAGUUGGAGUCUUUAUUUACUAGAGUAUAUUAUGCAUUUGUUAAUACAUUAGCUAAAUCCAACUUGGUAGUCUAUUAUAAAUGUUAAUUUAUUUUUAAAAAGCAAUAAAUAAC